AUGGUGAGAAUAUCCAUAGUCUUGGCAGUAGUACUUCUGCCUAUAAGCAUUUCACUGCCAUCAGUGUUGAAUACAGUCGAUUCUGAACGAGCACCGAUUCGUCUAAGAAGAUCGGACAUUCUUCAGCAACCUAACAACGAAAGAAACGUGUUUAACGUAAAAGUACCAGCCUUUAUCGAAUCCAUACUUCAUUCUACAAAGAACUUUUUCGUUGGACCUUCAGGUGUUAUCACAAAGCUUCGAAACUUUGUCAACGGUAAAAUUAAGGUGUCGACUCAUUUUUUUGGUCGAAAAAUAGAUUUGCAAGCGAACAUACCACUAUCUUUAGAAGAAGUUGACAAAGCGUUAAGAUCAUUCUUCGAUAAGCUGCGUGCAGAUCCUAUGACAAGGAUAUUUUUCGUCAUGUAUCUAAACGCGGUAGUGGUAAUUGUAGUUUUCUUGUCACUGAUUGCUAAACACAUUCAAAUUUCACUGCAAUCUUUACGAUCUCGCGUGAAGAUGAACACUCCUGCACCACGAAGCACUCAUUUUCGAACCAUCUCUCCAGAUUUAACUAUGCCUCAUAAACCAGUGAUAAGUCGUCAAUCGUCUGAAUUGCAAGAGAAUCCCGUAGGAGAGAGUAGCAUUCAUGCGACUAACGAUGACAUGUCGAUCAAUUGGUCUGUUAUGGUCGAUCCAUCAUUGAUCAACUCCGCUAAUCCGAAUACGUUCCAUACUUCAAGUAAAGCCUCUCUACAACUCACUGAUCUUCGUGGAAUACUAGCCUCUGAUGAGGAUGAUUAUUUAGACUAUGUAACACAACUCUCUUGCAUACCUCCUUGUAGCGAAGCUGGUCCAAGUCAAUGUCCAGUACAAACAACACGGAAGCAAAGUCCUUUCUUAGCACGAAACUUGAAGUUCUUUAUCGGUAAGUUUGAUGACGCAUGUUCCUAA